GGUCGAUGUCCAUAAAAUGUUUACGAAUCGUCCCGGUGGGCCGGUAAAAUUCGUCUCAUAUAGGAGAAUGCAGCUAGCUGUUACAUAUACGGGAUAAGUUGCGGUGGGGUAGCGGCCUUGAUGGUAGGGGUAGGUUUAGGGGGUGUAGCAUGCAGCCAUAAACACAUCCCGGUAACAUAACGGAGGGAGGACCCCCGGGUUAUGAAGUAGGAGACAUAUAUAUCCUUCUCUUGGCCAUCUCGCUGAAGCCAGUAUUGAAACUUCAGCUUGUUCUUGAUACCUACAGCAAACGAACCGCAAAGAUGUUCUGUAAAGUCGUUUUGUUAGCCCUCGCUCUCGUUCCCCUUUCCUUCGCCCAAGUCUCUGAAGACUUCGAAGGCGGGUGGGAUGAAAGCGCAUGGCCUGUAUACGCACCGGACUGCAACCAAGGCGGCAAAGUCAGCCUCGAUAGCACAACCGCCCACAGUGGCAAAAACUCCAUAAGGGUGGAUGGUGCAGGCGGUUUCUGCGGACAUAUUUUCUUUGGCACGAAAAGCGUCCCCGCCGGCGAUAUCUUCGUCAGAGCUUAUGUUAAGGCAUCCAAGGCCCUCACAGACUCACACGUCUCCUUCAUCACCAUGCCCGACUCCGCCCAGGGCGCUAACAAGCACCUCCGUAUUGGCGGCCAGAGCAAGAUCCUCAUGUACAACCGCGAAUCUGACGAUGCUACACUUCCGGACCUUUCACCACAAGGUAUUGCUGCUUCGAAGGCACUCCCCACCGGGGACUGGCAAUGCUUCGAGUACCACGUAGGCACCGAUGGCACCAUUGAGACAUGGUUGAACAGCGAGGCUAUUGAAGGCUUAACCAGCAAGCCAGGCGUCAGCAACGGCAACGCGGCACAAUGGCAGCGCAGCUCGGUCAAGCCCACGCCUUCUGCCAUCUACUUCGGCUGGGAAUCGUAUGGCGGCGACACCAACACAUUCUGGUACGACGAUAUUGCCGUGAGCUCGACCCGUGUUGGAUGCACAGACGCGUGAGCCUCUUUAAAUUGAUAGUUUUAGAGAUGCAAACGUUGUGAAGUUGGCCUUAGCCACACAUUAGCCUAAAUGCAGAUAGAGACAUCAAUAACAAGGCUUGUUGUCCCGACGGCUUUUAGCCUA